AUGCUGCGCUGGUCACGACUCUCACGAUGGCGACUGCCGCCGCCAUUAUUAGUGCCUGUACGUGGUGUCCGCUGCCGGGCCCACCCCCACAUCGACAAGAAGCUCGGCACGACAUACACUGAAAUCGUCGACGGACAGGAGAUUGAACGUACAGUCUUCCAAACACCCGAGGAGAUGACGGCGAUGGAAGCGCGAGCGCGGAGCGAGAUCGAGGCGUUGUUGGCCAGCUCGCGUCCAGAGGGGGAAGAGGGAGCUGAGAUUGAGGAGAUGGAUGAGGAGCAAGUUGAGGAAGCGGAUGAGCCGCAGGUCAAGAUCGUGCGUAUCGUCGACGGGCGGGCUGUCGAGGUGCUCCACGAACAAGACAACGCCGAUGACGCGGAAGACGACUACAGUCCAUCGCCGACGGCCAACUACAGGGUCCGUAAGGAGAAGAGGCUGGUCCAUGGCCACGAGGUCGAGACUGAGAUCUACAACUUUCCCGCGCCGGGCCAGAGCGUAGAGGAGAUGGAGGUUGAGGAGGCACAGGCCGGUGAAAGGACACGAGCUGGCGAGACCGCGCGGACACCAUUGAGCGAGGCUGCCGAAGCGUCUACGCCUAUCCAGAGCACUGGAGACUAUGCCGUUGCCACCCCAGCCCCUCCUAGGUUGAACACGUUUGAGCCCCAGUCACCGUACCGGUUCUCGACGGACUCACCCGCCAAACGCGGCUACGGCUUGGACAUCAGCAUCGACAUUGACGCCGACGCAGACGCAGAUUACACGGUCGAGAUUGACAUCGAGUCUGAACCGCACAUCGGGCCACACGGCACAGCUCUGCAGCACCAACGAUGGAUGGAGCGCCACCUCUCAAUCCAGGAAAGAGGGAUACGCACAGGCGACGUUGAGACACCUCUGCGUGCAGCGCACGCGUACCUCGAUUCCCAGGAGGGGGAUGUAGAUGAGCGCUCAGAGGCGUAUUGGCGCUUCCUGCGCGAGUUCCUCAAACACCCUCUUGGUGGGCGACCGGCACUGGACCUCGUCCGAAGGCAGGCGGCCGAGGGUGUACCCUUCACUGUCAAGGGUGCUAUUACCGCCUUCAAGGCCGCGCGUAACUUUCGCCCCGUGUUGAGAGAUCUACUCCCGAUCUUGCCGGCCGAGAUGACCACUGAACUCGUCUACAUCUUUGCCGUUGCGCUCGUGAAUGAACAGCGCGUGCCACCUGACGCAGUACGGGCCAUGAUCGGGCAGAGUCUCGCCGCCGUCCGUCAAGACCGCGGGCUCCCGCCGCUGUCCUCACCAACUGAUGACUCGUCACUAGCCGUCUCCGCGGACACAUUGCCAAGACCGAACCCAGCUCCAGUGAACGUCUCGGCACUACCAACGUCCCGAGAAAUGGACGAGAUCACGAGCCGCACAGAAGUCCCCUCGAUCGAAUGGAGCCCCGAGCUCUUCUUCCCGAUCAUCCUCGCAUAUAUGCCCCACGCAGACUUCCGCGGUGCACUCGGCACGUUGAACGACCUGCGCGCCGCAGCGCGUAUGAAGCGCGAACGUACAAUCGCGGCGGGCGAAGAGUGGCCCGGAGAGCACGCCCAGGCAAUCACGAAAUGCUACACGGCCGUGAUGAGCCUAUGGCUCCGUUCGCAACUGGCCGAGGAUGACGGGGCCGCACAUCUUGGACGAGUGGGUCGUCGCCUCGGCAGCGCGGUUCCUCAUCGCCUGGCGGUGGACCUUGGCAAUCUCCUUGCGCCAGCCGGGGGUAUGAAAACUGGAGCGAUGGAUGCGGCCGAUCCUAUCCGCUCGCUCAGUCUCGCCCUCGACGCGGCCGAUAGUGCGGGUCAACGCGAUGGCAAGUACCACUUCCGCAACCCGUUCCUGAACGCGUGGUUGAAUGCCGAACGCGCUGCCGGUAACGCCGGAACAGCGUCGGGCGUGUGGUCCCUCCUCUCUGGCCAGAGCAUCGCCGCCAGCGUGGCAGGCGUCCGCUCACCCCGCACCCCAAAUCCUGAGGGAUACCAAGCCCUCUUCCGUCUCCUGCGGCAAUAUCCGCCCGCGUCGUACCGUCCAGUCGUGGCCACCGUCCUCGAGGGCGAGGUCACGACCGAGGUGCUGAACAUGAUGCUCUCUGCUGCCAGUUUCGUCCCCAAGCGCGCGCGGACCGACUGGGCUGCCCUCACGCCGCCAUGGGAACCAGCGGCCCGACAGCCUCUCCGCGCCCCGGCGCAUGUUCCCUCUCCUGAUCUGCCGCUCAUCUUCGUGCUUGCCGAGGAACACACCCAUCUGAUGAACCACCAAAGCGUCAACAUUAUCUGUGCGGCACUCAUUCGCGCUGCCCGAAUCACCACCACUGCUCGCGGCGUCGAGCACCCCGUCCUCCUGUCAUCUCCUGCGGCGGCCUUGACUAUGCCAGAAUGGAAGUGGCUGGAACAGUCUCUGUGGAGUACGGAGAUGUCUGAGGCGCAUAGAACAAACCGUGGCGCUCACAAGCCUCCCCCGAUUCCAGUCGACGCUGCAGACCUAUGGGACACGGAACGCUGGCGCGGCCAAAUAUCUGAAGGGGAAGGCCGCGCUCGCUGGCUCCUCAUUGACCACAUUGCGCGUCCCCUCCGCCGCCAACUUGUCGAGGGGAUGAUUGAGAUGGCCCGCGGUGUGAGCGGGACCAAUGCCGAGAUAUUCACGGCCGAAUUGAGGCUGUUACAAGACGACAUGCGCCCCGUUGGGGAGAUUGGAGGGAGGGCGGACAAGAUUGCAGACGAGCUCGAGUUAGAACUCGAGCUUGUCGUUCCGCCGCCGGCAUUUGUUCCAGGCAGGAAAGAUAGGGUGUGGAGUGGCCAGGGGAGGAGGAGGAAGGGAAUGACUCGGAGCGCGGCGACCAAGUCGGCUCUGCAGGGGUUUUUUGACAUGAUGGACGAGGACGAGACGGCAUAG